AUGGCCAAAGACAAAAAACUACCCUUACAGAGCAGCAACAACGCCAAUGUCGCCGCCACAGCAACAUCGGCCAAAACCAUCGAAGAAACCUACCAAAAGAAAACCCAGCUCGAGCACAUUCUUCUCCGUCCCGACACCUACGUCGGCUCCAUCGAAAAGCAUACCCAAACCCUCUGGGUCUACGAAAACAACGAAAUGGUCCACAGAUCUAUCUCCUAUGUCCCGGGCCUUUACAAGAUUUUCGACGAAAUCCUCGUAAAUGCCGCUGAUAACAAGCAGAGAGACCCAUCCAUGGACUCCGUCAAGGUGACGAUCGAUGUGGAACAGAACUGUAUUAGUGUUUACAACAAUGGGGAUGGUGUUCCCGUGGAGAUUCAUCAGGAGGAAGGGGUUUAUGUGCCCGAGAUGAUCUUCGGGCACCUCCUGACGAGUAGUAAUUACGACGAUUCGAUGAAGAAGACGACCGGUGGAAGGAACGGGUACGGAGCGAAGCUUACGAAUAUAUUUUCGACGGAGUUUGUGAUCGAGACUGCGGAUGGGAAGAGGCAGAAGAAGUACAAGCAGGUUUUCUCCAACAAUAUGGGAAAGAAAUCUGAGCCCGUCAUAACAAAAUGCAAGGAGAGCGAAAAUUGGACAAAAGUUACAUUUAAGCCUGACUUAGCAAAAUUCAAUAUGACUCAUCUUGAAGAUGAUGUUGUUGCCCUGAUGAAAAAGCGGGUGAUUGACUUAGCGGGAUGCCUUGGAAAGACUGUGAAGGUUGAGCUUAAUGGGCAACGUAUUCCAGUAAAGUCUUUCCUCGACUAUGUUAAUCUCUACCUUCAAUCUGCCUCCAAAGCCAGACCAGAUGCCCUCCCAAGGAUUGCUGAAAAGGUUAACGAUAGGUGGGAGAUAUGUGUCAGUCUUACUGAAGGGCAGUUUCAGCAGGUGAGCUUUGUAAAUUCAAUUGCGACAAUUAAGGGUGGGACUCAUGUUGAUUAUGUUACCAACCAGAUUACAAACUAUGUAAUGGGUAUUGUUAAUAAAAAGAAUAAGAAUGCCAAUCUCAAAGCCCAUGCAGUGAAGAACCAUCUAUGGGUUUUUGUCAAUGCUCUUAUUGACAACCCAGCUUUUGAUUCUCAAACCAAAGAGACUUUGACAAUUCGCCAAAGCAGUUUUGGGUCGAAAUGUGAACUUUCACAGGAGUUCUUGAAGAAAGUGUCCAAGUCUGGAAUAGUGGAAAGUCUCUUGUCAUGGGCAGAUUUUAAGCAGAGCAAGGAUCUUAAGAAAACUGAUGGGACAAAGAGACAGAGGAUAACUGGGAUUACCAAACUAGAAGAUGCUAAUGAUGCCGGAGGGAAGAGCUCUGAUAAAUGUACCUUGAUUUUGACAGAAGGUGAUUCGGCGAAGGCACUUGCGAUGGCAGGUAUUUCUGUCGUGGGUCGAAAUUAUUAUGGUGUGUUCCCGUUGAGAGGUAAAUUGCUUAAUGUGAGGGAAGCAAGCCAUAAACAGAUCAUGGAAAACGCUGAAAUUCAGAGCAUCAAGCAGAUUCUUGGACUUCAGCAUGGAAAACAGUACGACAGUGUGAAGACUUUGAGAUACGGUCAUUUGAUGAUCAUGACUGAUCAGGACCAUGAUGGAUCACAUAUUAAAGGGCUGUUGAUUAAUUUUAUUCAUUCAUUUUGGCCAUCGUUGCUAAAAGUUCCUUCUUUCUUAGUUGAGUUCAUUACACCUAUUGUGAAGGCUACUCACAGAAAUGGGAAGGUUCUAGCCUUUUAUUCCAUGCCUGAGUAUGAAUCUUGGAAGGAGAGUUUGGGAGGCAAUGCUAGCGGUUGGUCCAUUAAAUACUAUAAGGGGUUGGGAACCAGCACAUCAAAGGAAGGGAAGGAGUAUUUUAGCAAUCUUCAAAUGCACAAGAAAGACUUCAUGUGGGUAGACGAGCAAGAUGGGGAAGCAAUUGAGCUUGCCUUCAGUAAGAAGAAAAUUGAAGCAAGGAAGAAUUGGCUCCGACAGUUUGAGCCUGGCACUUACCUUGAUCAGAAGGAGAAGCUCAUCAAGUACAGUGAUUUUGUCAACAAAGAGCUUAUAUUGUUUUCUAUGGCAGAUCUUCAACGGUCAAUUCCUUCAAUGGUUGAUGGCCUGAAACCAGGUCAAAGGAAGAUCCUUUUCUGUUCUUUCAAGCGCAACUUUGUGAAGGAAGCAAAAGUUGCUCAAUUCUCUGGUUAUGUAUCUGAGCAUUCAGCUUACCAUCAUGGCGAGCAGAGUCUUGCCAGUACCAUCAUUGGCAUGGCACAGGAUUAUGUGGGCAGCAAUAACUUAAACUUGCUUCAACCAAACGGUCAAUUUGGCACUCGUCAUCAGGGAGGCAAAGAUCAUGCGAGUGCUAGGUACAUAUACACUCGGCUUUCUCCUAUCACACGGUUCAUGUUCCCCAAGGAUGAUGAUAUACUUCUUGAUUACUUGAAUGAAGAUGGGCAAUCUAUUGAACCUGUUUGGUACAUGCCUGUCAUACCAUUGGUUCUUGUCAAUGGAAGUGAAGGAAUUGGGACAGGAUGGAGCUCCUACAUUCCAAAUUAUAAUCCAAGGGAUAUUGUUGCUAAUGUGAGGCGUUUGUUGAAUGGUGAGCAAAUGGAGCCGAUGGAUCCAUGGUACAAAGGGUUCAGAGGAACCAUUGAGAAAACAGCAACCAAAGAAGCUGGGAUUAGCUACACUGUUUGUGGAAUUAUGGAGGAAAUCAAUGAAACUACACUCAGGAUUACAGAGCUGCCUAUACGACGAUGGACUCAAGAUUAUAAAGAAUUUCUUGAAUCAAUUAUGACAGGAAAUGACAAAAUCAAGGACCCAUUUAUCAAGGAUUACAGAGAGCACAACGAUGACACUACCGUACACUUUGAAGUCAUUAUGUCCGAGGAGAACUUGAUCAUGGCAAAGCAAGAGGGCUUGCUAAAGAAAUUUAAACUCACCACAACUAUCAGCACGAGCAACAUGCAUCUGUUCGACCCAAAAGGCGUGAUUAAGAAAUAUGAUACCCCUGAACAGAUUCUUGAAGAAUUCUUCCACGUAAGACUUGAAUUCUAUGAGAAGAGAAAG